AUGACGGUAGACGCCCCCUACGAUAUCCUCAUUGUUGGAGGGGGGAUCUUCGGUGUCAGUACGGCCUAUCAUUUAUCGCUCCAAUCGCCGCAGCCACGCAUCCUCCUCCUCGAUCGCAGUCCUGCGCCACCCUCUCCCGCAGCUUCUACUGAUAUCAACAAGAUCAUCCGCGCGGAUUACUCCAAUCCGCUCUACAUGACCCUCGGAUUUGAGGCCCUCGACGCCUGGAAAUCCCUCCCCAGCUUCCGAGCCGCCAGAGUCCACCAUCCGUCGGGAUGGAUCUGCAUGGACGAGAAAGACAGCGACACCGCCAUCCGCGUUCGCCAGAAUUUCCACCGCGCCGGUCGCGAUGACUGCGUCGAAAACAUGACAGAGGCGGAAAUCCGCGAGUCGUGGGGCGGGCUGCUCCAACAGACCGACUGCUCGCCGUUCGGGUCCUACUACUUCAACCCCUCCGCGGGCUGGGCCGAUGCGGGCAAGGCGCUGCAGAUCCUGACGCAGGAGGCCGUCCAGCGGGGCGUCCGCACGGUCUACACGGCCGAGAAGAUCGUUCUGGCGACCAGUGCGUGGACGAGUCAGCUCAUGUCGUCCAUCGAGGAUGAGCUGGAUCUCCCCGAGGCGGACCGGAUCGAGCGACAGAUCACCGCUGCAGGGGUGUGCGUGUCGCAUUUCCGUCUGUCGCCGGCAGAGCACGAGCGCUACGCACAGCUGCCGGUUCUUGCUUAUGGUGGACAAGGAGAGGUGAUUCCGCCUACGGCAGAUGGGAUCCUCAAGUUUACGACGGCCUCCUCUUUUACCAAUACCAUUCGCACUGCAUCUGGGCACGAGAUUUCUGUGCCGGUGCCUGAUCAGUUGACGGUUCCUCAGAAACUCCAGGAGGCGCACCUGAAAGAAAUCCGUCCCCGACUGCCCGAGCUGCUGGACCAAGGACGUCGCCAGCCCGAGUGGUACCGCCUCUGCUGGGACGCCAUCUCCCCCAGCCAACACCCGCUGAUCACUCGGCAUCCCGACUCACGGCUAGCCAGCCUUUAUCUCGCCGUGGGAGGUUCAUUCCACAGCUACAAGUUUCUCCCGACGAUUGGGCAGUAUGUGGUGAACGUGCUGCAAGGGGUGAGCAACGGGCCCGAGAAAGACGAGGCGUGGGCGUGGAAGACAAUCCAGCCGAGCGAAAAGGGCGUGCAUGAGAAAUUGAUUCCUACCACGGAGUAUCGAGACUUGGUGUGAGGAGGUGGCGUUGGAACACAGCACAGCCGAGUGCACGGUUGGGGUAAUACGAGGACGCGUGGCUGCCAAUGCGGGGGAUGCAAUUAGCUCGAUCCAUUCAUGCAAUAGCUCACCGACUGUUAAGG